CGCUGCAUUGUAUGUUGUUGUUUGUGGCGGUAAGAUGGCGGCGCUCGGAGACACCUCAGCUCCGGGGGUGAACGGGUUAAUUCAACAAUUCACAGCAAUAACAGGGGCCACAGAGAGUGUUGGAAAACACAUGCUGGAAGCAUGCAACAAUAACCUGGAGAUGGCGGUGACCAUGUUCCUGGAUGGAGGUGGGAUGCCAGAGGAGCCCAGCACCAGCUCCAGUUCAGCAGCAUCGAGCAGCAGAGCGCCCCCUACAGAUGAAGUACGAGCACCCAUUCCUCAGAAGCAGGACAUUUUAGUGGAGCCUGAACCUCUGUUUGGAGUACCAAAGCGAAGACGGCCAGCUCGGUCUAUAUUUGACGGUUUCCGAGACUUUCAAACAGAAACGAUUCGACAGGAACAGGAGCUGCGUAACGGUGGAACAGUGGACAAGAAACUGAGCACUCUGGCAGACCUUUUCCGUCCUCCCAUUGAGCUCAUGCACAAAGGCAGCUUUGAGACGGCUAAAGACUGUGGACAGCUUGAAAAUAAGUGGCUAAUGAUCAACAUACAAAAUGUUCAGGACUUUGCUUGCCAGUGCCUCAACAGAGAUGUGUGGAGCAACGACGCGGUGAAGAACAUCAUMCGAGAACACUUCAUAUUUUGGCAGGUUUAUCACGAUAGCGAAGAGGGACAACGGUACAUCCAGUUCUAUAAGCUCAACAAGUUUCCCUACAUUUCAAUUCUUGAUCCACGCACAGGGCAAAAAAUGGUGGAGUGGAACCAGCUGGAUGUGGCGUCGUUCAUGGAGCAGGCAACCGGCUUCCUGGCAGAGCACGGGCAGCUGGACGGGCCCACCUGCAACGCCCCUCCUGCCAAACGGGCGCGCUCAGAGAGUCUGAUUGACGCCAGCGAAGACAGCCAGCUGGAGGCGGCGAUCCGAGCGUCGCUACAGGAGACCCACUACGACUCRUCAAACGUCCCCGAAGCGCCUGACUCACCCCGAUCAGAGGACGAAUCCGACGCAGAGCCUUUCUCGGACAGCGAGGGRCCCAUUUCCGUUGACGGCUCAGACAGUGAAACGCCAGCGCCGCACGAAGAGAAAAGUUCUACAAGCAAAUACACACCGAGCGCUGCGGUCGCCACCGCCCAGCAGCGUCUACAUCCCGAUAGUUCCACUUCCUCCCACAGAAAAUCUCCGUACAAAGAAAAUAAUCACAGCCACAAAAAAGAGGAGAGCAAAAAGAACCACCUAGAGCCCUCAGCUCCAAGUCCGCUUCAUUCUCCGCCUGAAGCAGACUCCGGAGGGAAUCACUGCGCCUCGCAAGCCAAAGCUGCAACAACCUCCAGCAUCAGCACCACAACUUGUGACGUGGACUGUCCUGAUGACAAUGGCCCCAAAGCCAGGCUGAUGCUUCGUUACCCAGACGGGCAGAGAGAGCAGAUCUCCUUGUCUUCAAAAGCUAAACUUUUGGCCCUGGUAAGACACGUCCAGUCCCAGGGUUACCCUAACGAACGCUUUGAACUCGUCACCAACUUCCCCAGGAGAAAGCUCGCCCACUUGGACUAUGACAUCACGUUACAGGAGGCGGGGCUUUGUCCACAGGAGACUGUUUUUGUUCAGGAGAGGAACUAGCCAUCCCAGAAACAUCCACUUUUCUGCUUCUGUAUCUCUAACAGACUUCACCGAUUCACACAUCAACAACCUGGGCCAACCUUCAGUUCUGAAGGAGACUCUGCUUGUUUUGACAGGGCUGAUGUUUAAGGAUGGACCGCCUUGACUGUCUAAAUACUGUUCAUCUCUGCUGACAGUCUAAUGCCUUUGUAUCGCUCAACAAUUUGGCCAGUAAGGUGCUUCAGAUAUGAGCACCUCGGUUUCUUUUCUAAACAAUGUCUAUUCUGGACUAAUGCAGCACAUUGUUUUCACCUGUUCAUAAAACCUCGGAUAACAGAUCCCUAAUUGACUGUGGGCCACCAGAGACUUGUACAAAAAUACUUUUACUUCCCAAAAUGUAGAUUAAAUGUCAGAGUUUAUUUUCUAGCUCUUCCUUGUUUUCUUUUUUUUUCUCUACAUGGAUGAGUAAAGGGAGGUUCAUUCUUCUUUU